AUGACGGAUAAUGAAAAAAAUGAGGCGGAUGCGUUUACAAAGAAAAAAGAGCCUAUGGAAAUCAUUGAAGAUGCACUGGUGUUAUGCAAGUUUGGGAGGUUCCACUUCUUCCUUCUCUUUGCCUCUUUGGCGGGAGUAUUUGCCUCUACAAUGGCUACGACCACCUCCUCAUAUAUUCUGCCAAGCGCAGAAUGUGACCUUCGUAUGACAAUCAUGCAGAAGGGGUUAUUGAACGCUAUGCCUUUUGUUGGUCAAGUAGGUGCUUCGUUAUUCACGGGAUUCCUAAUAGACGCGUUUGGAAGACGAAUAUUUCUUGUGACCGGAUACUUUGGGAUGUUUGCCUGUUCGAUAAUAGAAGGCACGAGUCAAAGUUAUAUAGUAUUGAUAUUAGUGAAACUUGUAGAAGGCAUAUUCCUGAGCAUCUGCUUCGGUGCGACGUCAGUAAUGGUUUCUGAAUUUUCACAUAAAAACGUUAGAGAUAGAGUGAUGAUGUGUUACGCAGGAUUCAUGUCUACAUCGUUAAUAGUUAUGGCUCUGAUGUCGUGGGCCAUAUUACCUCAGUCAUGGGAUUUCGUACUUUGGGAAGGUCGUUUCGUAUUACAUUCAUGGAAUCUUUAUUUCUUCAUAAUCUCCAUUUGGAGUCUGCUGGCUGGAAUAAGUUACUACAUGUUACCGGAAAGUCCCAAAUUCUUAUUAAGUCAUGGACAAGAAAACGAGGCAUUGGAGAUUUUGACGAGAAUGUACAAUAUUAAUACAGGGGAGCCAAAGGAAUCUUUUCCUAUUAAAUCAUUUUGUGAGAAAAGUGAACAUGUACCGACAAUCACAAUUAGUUUUAGGAAGCAAUUAACAAAUGGACUGAUUGAAGUGAAGAAAUUAUUUAAAAAACCAUUAUUUAUGAGAUUAUUGCUGUUUUCGGCUAUGACAUUCGUUUGUUUGCUGGCAUACACUGCAUUAAGAUUAUGGUACCCACAACUAUCUACGAUAGUUGAAAACUAUCAGAAAGCACAUAAUGAAACUCAGCAGUUUUGUACUAUGCUCAACGAGUACACAAAGGAGCUGGCUAGAAAAGUUUCGCAAAUAAAUAUUAAUGUUUCUGAACCUCAAGAGUGUAUACCGCAAGUAAGUGGAGCAGUGACGUAUAUAAAUGGGAUAAUUUUAGGUUUCGUCUCCCUCAUUUGUAUCGCUACCAGUGGCUACUUGGUAGUAUUCUUCGGUCAGAAGCCUCUAAUGUUUGUUCUCUUAAUACUGAGUGCUACAUGCUCAGGAUCUCUUUAUUGGACAAACUCUUCAAUACAGAUUGCGAUAUUGGUAUCCGCCACAUGUGGAUUUAUGCAGACAGCGUUAAGUUUGCAACAGAGUAUUCUUGUGAGAGUAUUUCCCACUACAUUAAGAGGUCUAACAAUAUCAAUUAUUGUAAUGAUUGGCAGAGCUGGAUCCUUGAUUGGAAAUGUGUUAUUCCCGGUAUUAUUGGAAAUUGGAUGUAUGGCGCCAUUUUUAACGUUAUCUAUAAUAACAUUAUGUGUGGCUGGAUUGGUUUAUUUUCUACCUAAUCCGCAAAAGGAGAACGAAGCGGGUGAUAAAUAA